AUGUUUGUGAGCCUACUCGCCUGGCCACUGGCAUGGCUAGCUUUAGCGACCAUGACAGUAGCUGCUGAUUCUUCCACAGCUGCAACUAUUACUACCACAACCUCCUCCUCGACGGGCAUCACAACCCAUACAGUCCAAGUGGGACCCAAGUCAAAUCCCCAUCAAUUUGUUCCACCCAAUAUAACAGCCAAUGUGGGCGAUGUCAUUGUCUUCGACUUUUACCCAACAAAUCAUUCCGUCGUAAAAGCAGAUUAUCUCGCUCCUUGUGUACCGGCAAACGGAAAUAUCUUUUACUCGGGGGCCUUCGUGAAUUUCAAUGAGCAGGAUGGACAACUCAUCGGACCGCCUACAUUCUUCUAUUGCACUGCAAUAGAUUCAUGCCUAAAGAACGGAAUGGUCGGAGUGAUCAAUGCGAACGCAACCGAGACAUGGGAAACGCAAUACUCCAGAGCUCUAACAUACCCUUAUAUGCUAGUCCCGGGCCAGUCUAUGCCGGCCGAAGGCAACGGCAGCGGCUCUAGUAGCGAUGACACAAGCGGCGAUAAUAACUCCUCUGGCAGUAAGCAUGGGCUUAGCGCGGGGGCCAUUGCAGGUAUCACCGUUGCAGCUGUGGUCUUCGUGGCCAUACUGGUGGCAUUGUUUUUCGUCCUCGGCCGCAACCGCGUGUACUCGCAAUGGAUGUCCUCGGAAGAUGGGCGCACAGAACGAACCGCCCGCUGGGCAAUGUUCAACCAUGGCGACCAAUACGCUAACGGGAAAAGUGAAACCGCAAGUUCUGUCCCUACCCACAGAGCAACCCCUAGCGAUGCCACCGCCGUCUCUAGUCCAGAUCCAAAUAUGCGCACACUUUCCCCUGGGGUGAUAGUAACCUCCGGUCCUGGUUCCCCGUCAGCACAGCAGGGCCACUGGAGCUGGAAUGAGCCUCCUCAACGUGCGCGUACAAGCGCGGUGGCCACAGAGCUAGAGGGUCACCCCAUCGUCUUGGAGGCACCAGGCAGCACUCCAGGGUAUCGGCCCUAA